AUGUCAGCAUCACGAAUGGUGACUUGGUUGCCGCGUAUACCAAAAGCAGUGAAAAUUGGGCACAUCCCUCAGCGUUUAAAAUCACCACGAUUGGAUUUUCAACGAGCGCGCCUCGAAAUCUUGCGACGAAUGUGCAGUACAUUAUUUCGUGAAGAGCGGGCAGAAUUUCGAUAUCACCGUGCAAUGGAGCUUCGUCCUUACGCUGAAAGGCUUCUACAGUUUGGAAUAUUUCGUGGGCCUGAAGAUCCCUAUACCAAAGAAAUGGUAGAUUGGUGGAUAAUGGAUGGGGAUAUACGCGAGAAGUUUUUCGAAAUUUAUAUCCCUCGCUUUCGGGGAAAAGAAGGUCCAUUUACAUCGUUAUAUUUUAUCCAGGACGAUCCUAGCGAAGGGCAUUAUCACAGAGGAGUCAUCGAAUUAAAUGGUAAUCCCUACCCUCCUAUAGUCAUUCAAGAAAUUGAUUAUUCCCAUAAUUUACUCAACGUGCUUCUGAAAAAUGCAGUUUGUCAACAGAUGUCGAACUUACAGACGUCACAUGCAGAUAUUAUUUCAGCGAAAUAG